CCUUUUUUUCUGUGUUGUAUUUAGUUGAUUCCUACUUGCAAGGCACAACAGACAUGGAUAGGUACAACAGACAUGGACUUAAAAUACCAGAGCCACAAUCUUCUUCUCUUCCACCAAGGCCCAAUUUCCGACCUUUGAGGGCUCAUGAGAUGUCUUAUGGUCAGGUACAAUCUACAAAUGUUGAUAUACCACCACAUCGGUACACACCCUUGAAGAAAGUUUGGCUUGAAAUCUACUACUUAGUACACGAGCAAAUGAAAAUCGACGUAAUGAUGAAUCUCAAAGCUCGCAAGGUUGUGCUGAAAACAAUGGUGGACGCUCCUGAUGUAAGUAACCUGCAGAAAUGUGCUGAUUUUGUCCGUGCCUUUAUGCUUGGAUUUGAUGUUACUGAUGCAGUUUCCCUUUUGAGGGUAGACGAGCAUUAUGUUGAUACGUUUACCAUAAAGGAUGUUAAAACAUUCGGAGGUGACUAUAUGUCUCGUGCUAUUGGAAGACUUACGGGUGAUGGAGGGAAAACGAAGUUAGCCAUUGAAAAUGCAACGAAAACGCGCAUUGUGAUUGAAAAUGAAGCUAUUCACAUUUUGGGGGCUCCCAGAAACGUAAGGAUCGCACGAGAUUCGCUAUGUAGGCUAAUAUUAGGCUACCGUCUCGAAGCGUUUCUUUAAGACUCAUUGCACGUCUAUAGCUGAGAGCUUGAGUUUUUAUGGGUUUAUGUUUUUGGUUAAAUAUUCAU